AUGCUAUUUGAUCAUAGCAGUCAGCAGGUAUUUCUCACUAAGACUGGUGAGAAGUUGCACUGGGAGGUGCUGGUCCAUUAUGAUCCCAGAAAAGCACUUUUGGGCCUGCUUGGUUACUCCAAAGGAGAUGAACUGUCUCUCGCCAUGGCUGCCUUCCUGAAGAACAUCACAGCCAUUUGCUUCCCUCAAUGGCCCUCCCCUGGCAACCGAAGCCUGAUCCCAGUAGAGAAAGCUGAGGCACAGCUACUAUUCAUCACGGGACAAGAUGACCAUGUUGUCAAAAGAAAGUAUUAUGCUACUGAAGUCUGCAAGCUUUUGCAGGCUCAAGGGAAGGAAAAUUUUCAGAUUCUCUCCUACCCUGGAACAGGGCACUGCAUAGACCCUACCUUUUUCCCUUUGUACCCCAUAGGAAACCAUCCCAUUUUUCACAAGCGGGCAGUCCUGGGUGAGGAGUUCGGGACUUAUUCUAAAGCUCAGGUUCAUGCUUGGCCACAGAUCCAGGCUUUUUUCCAGAAAUAUUUAAAUGACAAGUAAUGUGCAACAAGUGAUGUGCAAGCAACACACAACUUUGAACAACCAGAUCUGAUAAAUUCUGUUACAGUUAUCAAUCUAACAGCUUGUCUCACCUGUACAACUACAGUAUCUUCCAUGACUUUAGGCAUCCAUGACUCAGAAAAGAAAGGGGGUUGCCUUUUCUCUUCUUCCCUGAACCUUUUUGUUCAAGUGUCAAGAAAAUGCAUGGCAUUUUUUGCCUUUUAUAAAACACCUCAUGUGCCAAAUGCGCUGUUAUGUUUCUUGGGGGGGGUUCUAUUCUCCUAAUGCAUUCUUGACAGUACUUUCCAUAU